AUGGUUGUGUUCAAAAAUUUGCUGGGUGUUACAAACAAGCUGUUCAUGGAAAAAAAAAGUGGGGCAUCAGAGAAAGAUAUCUUAAUCAAUGCGCAUGCUUUUUAUGAACAAGAUGAAGGUGCACCAUUCAAUCUUGAGUAUGCAUGGCGGCUUUUAAAAGAUGAACCUAAAUGGAUGGGAACAUUCACCGAAAAUUCUUCAAAGAGAACAAAGAAUUCUGCUAGUGGUUCAUACACAGCAUCGCUAAACUCAGAGACACCUUCAAGUUAUGAGUUAAACUCAUCAUCUCCAAUGGAGCGUCCAAUGGGACAAAAGGCGGCAAAACGAAAAGGUAAGGCAAAGGAAAAUGCAACUGAACCUCCUUCUAGUGUUAUUUCCGAUACAAGGAAUAAAAGAAUGGAAGUAAUGGAAAAUCUAGCACGACUUAAGGAGGAAGAAAACAAAUUAGUCAAGGAAAAGAUGGAGUUUGAAGCAAUGCAAUUCAUAAUGUCAGACACUUCUAAGAUGAAUGAUAGUCAACGUGAAUUUCAUGAAAAACGUUGUAAUAACCUAAAAGAAAAAUAUGGAUGGUAA